AUGUCUAAAGAAAACAAUCAAUCAGACACGCCAGCACCAUUCCGUGGUGAGUUCUCUUUUGUUAACAAAGAUGCUGGCAAUAUCGACUCAAAGGAUCACAACGCCGCUGUCUCAUGGCAUGUCAUGAACCGUUAUGAAAGAUGGAAGAAGCAGGAACAAGCCAAGAAGUUGAGGGCAUCUGCCAACGUUCCUGUCGGUCCACUCUCGCCGCCCUCACAACAGCAAGGCCAACCUUCUCAACAACUACAUCCACAGACGCAAAGUCGACAGCAACAUCAGUCUGUACGUCGUGUUCCAUAUAUGAACCCAAGAAGAACAGCGUUGACAUAUAACUUCUAUCAGCCUAGAACCAUGUCGACACAACCACCUUUCGGCUUUGAUCCAUGGACAGCCGAAACAUUGCAGCUUGGCUACCCAGGACCCAAUUCAACACAGCCUUCCAGCAGCGGCCUUCAAACAUCUGCAGCAUCAACGCCGUCUACUCAUUCUAGCAUUAUGACGGAUGACCCUGCAGCUUUAUUGGGGUCCUUGGACUCACAGUUAUAUCCUGUGGACAACAUAUUCGACCCGAGCCUAGCUCCUGUUGCGCCCCUCGUCAAUAAUUUGAUCGGAUACGCCUACGAGUUUUUGAUGCCAUCCAUCUGGCCGAAGGAAUCCGAGAGGGCUCAACAUACCUGGGAACUCGCCAGGAGCUGGGACGACAUAGCUCUCAUCAAUCAGGAUACGUGCUACGCCAAUGCCUAUCUGAGUCUCCUUGCAGCCGCCAUGGGCAGUCUUACCGAUGACGACAACUUGAUGUAUCAGUCUCGAGUCUACCAAGGACAAGCAAUGACCGACUUAAGACAACGUGUGUCUGGACAAGGUAACCAAGAUUUAAUCACUCUGAAAGCUAUCCUGAAACUUUUUUCUUCCGAGACUUUGGUUGACAACACUUCGACGGCGCGUAUCCACCUCAAAAUGCUCCGAAACUUGGUGCAAGCGGCCGGAGGCAUGAUCUUGCUUGACUCCUGGUUUCGGGAGGACCUUCUAUCUUGCGAUUGCUAUUUUGCCCUCAAAUUCGAGACUCGGCCGCUCUUUCCCGCACAAGAGUGGACUCCAGGGCCGUUGAGUCAACCGUGGAAAGCACGAUUGAUGUCUGCAGGCAUCUACGGAGAUCAUUCAGCUGCGGUCGAUCCAUUGAUUGAAAACCCACUGUUGAAAGCGAUUGUUACUGACCUUCGAGAGCUCUUCAAGGUGAACGAAUACACUCGCAGCCACGAUGUUCCAAGCGACGACCAAGUCCUCCGAUGGCAGCAACUUCGCCGAUUUGACUGUAUUUCACGACUCGCAGAUCAUCAUGUGGAUUUGUCGAUCUAUCCUCACUUGUUCAAUUGGCCGCUAUUACAAGACUACUCAUGCAUUGCGACUGCAUUAAUGGCGAAUAUGGUGCUUGGGUCACCAGAGCCAGUACGAUUCGGAGUGAAGUUGAUCAACGACCUGAGGAGGAAGUUAGUAGAAAGUGAGAGAGGCGGAGAAGAAGCACAAUUCAAACGACUUCGUCUCUGGGCCCUCUAUGUCGGCUCCUUGGCCGAAAAAGUACACAUGUCAACCGAAGAAAGUCAUUGCUGGUUCGAGAAAAAUUAUCAGAAUCUGGCCGCAGGCAUGGGAUUAUCUGCGUGGGAGGAUGCUAAACGAGUAAUGAGGCAAUUUUUGAUUUCAGAUCAGCUGCAGGAAGAGAUUAACGCCGGCCGCGCACAUCGAACUUCAGAUGCUCGGCAGGGUCUUUACGCAGCGUCCGGGUGCAGUUGGAGGGAGCCCCUACAGGAUUCCAACCCUGUGAUCGGAGAGUCUCAGGAUGAUCUCACGGGGGACCGCAGAACAGGAAAGCAACGAGCGGACCCUUGA